AUGUCACAACCAUUUCGAUUCAAACGUCGUAGCUAUGGCCGUCUGGCCAUCAUCUUUGGCGGAUUGUUUGUGAUAAGUUUCGCAACUUGCUAUUUUAUCUUCGACCUAAUAGUAGACUUCAUUGUUAAAAAUAAUUUAAAUUUGAAAAAAGGUGGCAUCGAAAGAGGCAUUUAUGAGGCAUUGCCAUUUCCCUUAACUUACCAAGUCUACAUAUUUCACAUAUUGAAUAAGGAUGAGGUGAAAAAUGGAGCAAAACCACAUUUCAAAGAGAUGGGACCAUAUUCAUUUGACGAAAUUGACUGGAAAAACAAUAUUUCUGACGAUGAAGAAGAAGACACAAUGUCAUUUAAUCUUAAUAAAGAAUGGUUGUUUCGUCCUGAUUUAAGCAAUGGUCUAACUGGUGAAGAGAUUAUUACAACGCUGCAUCCAGUAAUUGUAGCAAUUGGAUUGACUGCACAUUUCGAAAUGCGUCAAUAUCUCCACGUUGCAAGUACGGCAAUCGAUGAAAUUUUUCACGAACCAAAAGACGUAUUUUGGACGGGACGUGCCAUGGACCUUAUUUCGGAUGGCAUUGAAAUUGAUUGCAGUACAACCAAUCCGUUGGCUAAAAUAGCAUGUCGAAUGAUUCGAAAAUCUGGUAUUCAAAUGAUUCAACGAGUUGAUACUCAACGGAUGAAAUUUUCAUUUUUGGGCGGUUUUAAUCGAACAGUAAAUGGCUACUGGACAAUGAAUCGAGGAAUCAAGAACAUUUACGACGCUGGAAAUGUGGUCGCAGUUGAUGGCCAAAGAGAAUUGACAGUUUGGGGAAAAGAAGGAAAAUGCAAUCAAAUCACCGGUGGAGAUACUUUAGUGUUUGUUCCUUAUCAGACGAUCGAGAAGCCGAUGUUGAUGUUCGUUAGACAAUUGUGUUUUACGUUACAAAUGAAAUUUGUACGAAAAGCUAUCUAUCGUGGCAUUGAUCUUCAUGUAUUUGCUCAAGAAUUUAAUAUAACGGCUACAAAUGAGUUUAGUUGCUUUUGUCGAAAACCUGAUCGGUGUCCAAUUCAAGGGACGAUGGAUAUGUAUCAAUGCCUUAAAGUGCCAGUAAUUAUCAGUCAACCACACUUUUACCAUGCUGAUCCAUCACUUCUGGCUAACAUCGUUGACGGACUGAAACCUGACCAGAAAAAACAUGAAUUUGCAAUCACAUUAGAAAUGAAAACGGGUGUCGCUUUAAAAGUAGCAGCCAGAGUGCAAAUUAACUUUCCUUUGGAACCUGUGGCAGAAAUCGAAAUCAUGAAAAAUUUGCCGAACAUGACAUUUCCAUGGGUUUGGGCCGAAAAGAAUAUGUUUCAAAUACCAGACAGUUUGGUUAACUUAAUGAAAUAUACAUUGACGGUAGGAAAUAUUUUUCGCACUACAUUAGCCUACCUAACCUGGACGAUCUUUUUUUUUGGAACUAUAUUUUGUACGACCAUAUUCAUACUCACUCAAUAUACUGAGUACGAUAUUUUAGAAGAUGAGCGCGUGUUUCUAAGAACGUCAGGUAUCGUUAAAAUAGAACAAGUUUCAGCGAUCAAUCAAAAUGUUGUCAAGGAGGGAAAUGACUUGAUAAAAAAUGAAAAACGAUCAAGAAAAUGA